GGGCUGCGGGAUCGCCCCCUCCGCCGGGACCACCAUGGCCAGCGAGGCCGAGCCCGCCCGGCGCCGCCGCUGCUGCCGCUGCUGCUGCGGGCAGGACCCGCCCGACAUUCCCAAGGCCACGGAUUCCCGGCGGGGCUCCCUGUGCGACCGGCACUGCUCCACCACCAUCAACAACGACCUGGGCGACCUGGGCUGUCACCUGCACCGGCCCCGCGGCCCCAUAGCCACGCCCGAGGAGUGUGAGAGCUGUGCCAGGACCACCCUGACGGCCGAGAACGCCGUGGAGGCCAACAAGCUCUCCAACAACUACAAGUUUGGCUUCAAGAAGUGGAAGAGCCACGUGACGGCGCGGCCCUGGGAGGAGCGCUCCGACAUCGUCAAGGAGCUCUACUCCGACCUCACCGCGCUCCGGGGCCCUGCAGGGUCCACGGUGACGUGUGGGAACGUCCUGUACCUGCUGCUCUUUGGCUGGUGGCUCUCGCUGCUGCACGGCCUGGUGGCCGCCGGCAUGUUCCUCACCGUCGUGGGGGCUCCUCACGGGCGGCUCUGCUGGGACCUGGCCGGGUAUUUCCUGUGGCCCUUUGGCAAAGUGAUCCAGAAGGUGGAGGUGCCCAAAUCCCAGGAGGCUGGCGCAGGGGAGAGCUCGGCCCUGCUGGGGGGUCCCACCCCAGGCCGCUGGCGCCCGCGGUGCUGGGAGGGCACCGGAUACUGGCGCCGCGUGGGCACCGCGGCCUGGCUGUGCCUGGGGUACCCGGUGCUGGCCCUGUCCCACGCCCUGGUCUGCGUCACCUCCUGGCUGCUCAUCGUCACCAUCCCCGUGGCCAAGCUGAGCGCCCGCAGUGCCACCCGCGUCCUGCUGCUGCCCCCCGAGCGCGUCCGCGUCCGCAGGGGCAGGAUGACAGAGGUGCCGCUGGAGGGGGAGGUGAUCCUGUGCUGCUACCGCGCCGCCAACCCCUACUACUACAAGUACUCCGUGCACGGCCUCAACGUCUUCGCCGUCAACCUGCUGCCACUGGUGGUGGUGACGCUCCUGCUGGGCUACCUGGACAGCCACAACCACCUGAGCAGCUCCACCCUCAAGUUCUCCCUGGCCCUGCUCUCCAUCAUGCCCCUGUCCUACUACAUCGGGAUGGCCAUCGCCAGCUGUGCCCUGAGGGGUUUUUGGGGUCUGUGCCCCCAGGGUCUGUGCAUGGUCAUCGGGGGCAUCCGGCACCAGGAGCAGCGCUUCAACAGCCGCUCUGCCGGCGUCAGCUCCGCCCUGCUCUUCCUCUCCGUGGGAGGAGUCUUUGCCCCCACGCUCUUCUCCAAGGUCUACGGGAAGCUGGUGUGCGGCGAGUGCCACAACGUCACCCAGAACCCGCUGGGCCACUACCUGUGUCACAACUGCCACUUCGACCUGAUGGACACCAACGGCACCCUCUACUACAGCCACGUCCAGCCCCUGGUGUACACGGUGUCCCUGCUGCUCCCCGCCGGGUACCUCGUGGGGCUCUGCUUCACCCUCAAAACCCACUCCCACAUCUACGACAUCCACGUCAGCGACUGCCACAUGCCAGGCCACCACCCCAGUGCCGUGGUGCACUGGUCCCGCUGGCGAGCCCUGGUCAUCCUGCUGCUCUCCACCCUGUGCAUGUCGGCCUGUGCCGACCUGGCCACGGAGCACAUCAGCCCCAUCCUCACCAACUCCACCAUCUCCCAGUACUUCAUCGGUGUCACCGUGCUGGCCAUGGUGCCUGAGCUGCCAGAGAUUGUCAACGGCAUCCAGUUCGCCCUCCAGAACAACCUGAGCCUCAGCAUCGAGAUCGGGAGCUGCAUCGCCGUGCAGGUCUGCAUGCUCCAGAUCCCCAUCCUGGUGCUCUUCACCAUCUUCUACCCCACCAACUUCACGCUGGUGUUCAGCGACCUGCACGUCUACGCCAGCAUGUUCAGCGUGGUGCUCAUGAACUACAUCUUCAUGGACGGCAAAUGUGACUACUUCCAAGGCACGGUGCUGGUGAUGGUUUACUUCAUCCUCCUGGCCGUUUACUUCUUCGCCCCCUCGCCCAGCGGCUGCUGAGCUCCGGCCUCUCCCGACCCGCGGCGGCUUCCAGGAGUUCUCCGGGAUCUCAGGGACCGGCUCCGGGCUGGAAGCACCAUUCCCAGAGCUCCUGCUGCCGCCCGGCCCCUCCAGGGGGGCUUUGGGAUGGGUGGGAAGGGUUGGUGGCCGUGGAAUUGCUCCUGGGAUGAGUCACGGGGGUGUUUCCCAAGGGGCACUUCCAGCCCCCCCGGCGCGCUCCCGAGGGAUGUUAUCCCAAAAGGAGGGGCUGGAAGGGGGUUCCCGGGACAGACCCUUCCCUUGGGAAGUGUUGCACUGGGAGGAGGGGCCGGGGAAGGUGAUCCCAGGGAGGGAGUUGGGAUUUUGGGAUCACCGGGAGGGGGCUGUUCGGAGGCACCCCGGGGGGUUUCGGAGCAGUUUGGGCAUUAAAGCACUUUUGUACAAACCACACACGGGGUGGGCUCUCCUUCCACGGGCCUCGGGCACCUCAGGGGGCUACUGAUGGGCUGGGGAUGGUGGCCACCUGGAGCCCACCUCCAUUGGGCAGCGGGGAUGGCUUGGUUGGAGCAGGACAGAAUUCCAUGUCGGUAUUCCAUGCCAGCAUUCCAUGUCCUCUGUCUCAGCACCACCAGGCUCUGGGUUUCUCCAGGGCCUUCCCAAAGCUCCGUGUCCUUCCCAGCCCGGCCUUGUCCCCCCCAGGCCUUGUCCUUCCUUCUCCUGGCUCUCCCAGGGAGAAGUCAGGGAUCGCCUCCCCCCAGCAGUUUUUUGGGAUGGGGGAUUGUUUGAGCUCGGCACACGCUCCCGGAGCACUUCAACACUCCUGGAGUGGUUUGGGUGGGAAGAGACUUUGGGAUCAGCCAGUUCCAACCCCAACACCUUCCACUAGCCCAGGUUGCUCCAUCCUGGC